AAAGGUUAAAGUAUAUUUUAAGAUACCGUAAGAAAGUAGUUUCUACACAAAAACAUGCACAAUCUAUCACAAAACCAAAUCUCUCUCAACUUCUCUCCUCAUUUUCUGUAAUAAUCACCUCCAUGAAAGCUGAAGAAUUUCCAGAUAAAUACAAAGUCGCUGUUAUUGGCAGCGGCAACUGGGGAAGUGUUGCUGCCAAGCUAAUUGCAUCCAAUACCCUUAAUUACAACAUCUUCCAUGAUGAAGUUAGGAUGUGGGUAUUUGAUGAAACAUUGCCCAGUGGAGAGAAAUUGUCCAAUGUUAUCAAUCAAACCAAUAUAAAUGUGAAGUACCUCCCUGGCAUAGAGCUUGGUAGAAAUGUGAUUGCUGACCCGGACCUCCAUACCACAGUCAGAGAUGCUAACAUGCUGGUAUUCGUGACACCACAUCAAUUUGUCGAUGGUGUUUGUAAGAGACUUGCUGGAAAACUAAGGGGUGAUGUCGAGGCUAUUUCAUUGAUUAAAGGCAUGGAGGUCAAAGUUGACGGCCCACACAUGAUAUCCUCUGUAAUCUCUAAGCAACUUGGAGUCAAUUGUUGUGUUUUAAUGGGGGCAAAUAUUGCUGAUGAGAUAGCUGAGGAGAAGUUUAGUGAAGCAACAUUAGGAUAUAGUGAAAAUAAAGAGGUUGCAGAGAGGUGGGCUCGACUAUUUGCCACACCCUAUUUUGCUGUCACAGCUAUUCAAGAUGUGGAAGGAGUGGAAUUAUGUGGUACACUAAAAAAUGUAGUGGCCAUAGCUGCAGGAUUUGUUGAUGGCUUGGAUAUGGGGAGUAAUUCAAAAGCAGCAAUCAUGAGAAUUGGCUUGAAUGAAAUGAGGGCAUUCUCCAAGCGACUGUUCCCAUCGGUUAGAGAGGACACUUUCUUUGAGAGUUGUGGAGUGGCUGAUCUUAUCGCUACUUGUUUUGGAGGAAGGAACAGAAAAGUUGCAGAGGCUUUUGCAAUUCAUGGAGGAAAGAGACCCUUUAAGGAGCUGGAAGCUGAGAUGUUGCAGGGGCAGAAAUUACAGGGUGUCUCGACAGCCAAAGAGGUAUACGAGGUCUUAGAAAGCAACAGAUGGUUUGAUUCAUUUCCCCUUUUCAGAACAAUACACGAGAUUUGUAUCGGAUCUAUACCGCCGUCUGCCAUUGUGCAUUAUAAAGCAGAAGUACAUCCAAGCUCUCUCCAACAGAAAUCUGUGAGCUGAUACAAUACCCUAACCAAUUUUUAUCCUUUUUAUUUUUUCCCAACUUCCAAAUUGAUUUAGACUGCAAGUUUAAAAAAUUAUUGACCUCUUUGGGGUUGAAACUAAACAUUGGGUUCAGCUCUGCUAUUUUGACUGAAACCAAGUUAUAUUCUCUCUAAUUGUUAUAGUGAGAGUCAGCGGAUGAAGUGUGUAGCGCAAUCUGUAAUCUGUAUCUUCAACCUAUCUGUGAACUUUAUAUACCUUGGAGCAUAUAUACCAUGAAAAGAUACAUGAUACACAUCAAAAUUCAA